AUGCCUGCACGAGCACCUGCGCGGUCCUCGCGGUCCUCCGCAACCAUUCCCAUAUCUAAGCGAUCGAAUGUGCGGGCAUCAGCCGCCUCACAUGACGAGACGUCGGUGCAGGAGAGCAUUAUUGACACACCCGAUAGCGCUCUCCGGACGCGCAUAUGCGGAAUAUUCCGCGACGCCCAAAAGACCACGGCCACGCAUCGAAAGCUGGCGGUGACGCUCCGCAAGAUCCACGAGACAUGCUGCUACGAACCCAUCGGUACACAGGCAAGCGCAGCCGAUGAGUUUGACGAGGAUGCCUUCAAUCAUGAGUUUAUUCGCUGCGUUCUGCGUGUCAUGCCCGUCAGAAAGUCGGAGAGUGCCGGCGAGAGAUGUAUCCGGUUUAUUGGUUUCUUUCUGCGACUUGCCAAUGACAAGGACAACGAGCUCCUCGGGGAUGAGGGGCUAGAUGAUAGUGUCCUUCCCGAGACUCCGAGUACUCGCCUGACGUCGCAGCUCCUCGAGACCAUUCUGCCCUUGAUGACGGCCAAGGACAAGUUUGUUCGUUUCCGAUCCACGCAGCUGAUAUCGCACACCGUCAACUCGCUAGAGGCUAUCGACGACGAUCUCUUCCGGAAGCUCCGCCACGGCCUCCUUAAGCGCAUUCGCGACAAGGAGGCCAUGGUCCGUGCUCAGGCGGUCUUGGGUCUGGGCCGUCUUGCCGGCAACCAGGCGGAGGGCUGUAGCGACUCGGACGACAGCGACGCCGAUGAGGAUGUCGGCUUGCUCCAGAAGCUCCUCGAGGUUCUUCAAAAUGACCCGAGCGCCGAUGUCCGCAAGUCACUUCUUGUCAACCUUCCAAUCCUAUCCAACACACUUCCCUGUCUCCUGGAGCGCGCAAGAGACCAAGACGCAGCCACCAGAAGGGCCGUGUACUCGAGGCUGCUCCCGGCCCUUGGCGACUUCCGCCACCUUUCUUUAGGUAUGCGCGAGAAGCUCCUCCGAUGGGGCCUGCGUGACCGCGACGAGAAUGUCCGCAAGGCUGCUGGACGGCUGUUCCGCGAGAGGUGGAUUGAAGACUGCGCUGGCGUGCCACCGGCCGUCGAGGGCGAGGUCCCUGCAGAGCCCCAGGGUCCCUCAUUUGACGGUCUCUUGGAACUCCUGGAACGCAUAGACGUGAUUAACUCCGGGGUGGAGAACGGUGUUGCUCUGGAGGCAAUGAGGGGAUUCUGGGAAGGUCGCCACGAUUACCGAGAGGCUAUCGAGCUGGACGACCACUUCUGGGAGACUCUUUCAGCCGAGUCGGCCUUCCUUGCCCGCAGCUACAACGAGUUCUGCCGCAACGAGGGUAACGGCAAGUAUGAGCGAUUGAUUGAGGAGAAGAUGCCUGAGGUGACUAAGCUUGCUUUUUAUCUGGAGCGCUACAUGCAAGUCAUGAUUGAGGCCAUCAAGCGGGUAAUGCAGCAGGAGGCGGACGGAGAAGGCGAAGAGGAAGAUACAGUGGAGCAGGAGUUCAUCGUCGAGCAGAUACUCCACAUUGCCAUGACGCUCGACUACUCGGACGAGGUCGGGCGCCGCAAAAUGUUCACACUUAUGCGGUCGUCGCUAUCGGUACCGGAAUUGCCGGAUGAGGUGACGAAGCUGACGGUCGAGGUGCUCAAGUACAUCUGCGCACCUGACUCCGCCGGGGAGCGCGAGUUCUGCAGCAUCGUGCUGGAGUCGGUGACGGACGUGCACGAUACCAUCAUGGAUGAGCCGCAGGCUGACGACGACGGCGAGAGUUUCCACUCGGCACGGUCGGAGCUUAGCAUGGGCAGCGGCCAAUCGCGUGACAAUAAACGCGACAUCAAGGAAGAGCUGAGCGAGGAAGAGGCGCGCGACAAGGCUGUGAAAGAGAUUAUGGUCAACAUGAAGUGCCUGCAUAUUGUGCAAUGCAUGCUGACGCACGUGGCGGGAAGCCUGAAGGACAACCAAGAUCUGGUGUCGAUGCUUAACAAUCUGGUUGUUCCGGCGGUGCGCAGCCACGAGGCGCCUGUCCGUGAGAAGGGCCUGGUGUGCUUGGGCCUGUGCGCGCUGCUGGACCGUUCGCUGGCUGAGGAGAACCUAGGCUUGUUCAUCCACUUCUUCAGCAAGGGCCACCCGGCGCUGCAAAUGACGGCUCUGCACAUCCUGACGGACAUACUCAACGUGCACGGCGCACAGUUGCUAUCGUCGACUCCAGGACUGCUAAAGGUGUACCUUAAGGCUGUCAAGGGUAGUGCUAAGUCGGCAGAGGUGCAGGCGACGGCGACGGUGGCGGCGACCAAACUCCUGCUGGGUCGCGUCGUCAGCGACACGGAUGCGUGCCACGACCUCCUUCGAUCCCUGGUGGUGGCCUACUUUGACCCGGCCUCGGCUCACAACCAGACGGUCCGCCAGGCCCUCAACUACUUCCUCCCCGUAUUCUGCUACUCGCGCCCGGAGAACCAGGACCUCAUGCGCUCCGUCGCCCUCGAUGCUCUGCACUCCCUUCUCAACGUGCGUGAAGGGCUCGACGACGAUGACGACGACGUCUACGCUAGCGAGGACAUGGUCGCCCUCCCUACUAUCGGCGCCUGCCUCGUCGACUGGACCGACCCGAGGAAGUGCUACAGCCCCAGCCUCAUCCUUGACGCGGAAAAGAGGAAUGUCAAUGGUGACGUCCACCUCGAGUUUGCCAUGGACAUAAUCGAUCGAAUCCGUAGUAAUAUAAGUAAGGAAGAGAAGAAACUCGUCGCCUCGCUCCUGGGAAAGCUAUACAUCUCCCCUGGCUCAUCAGAGGAUAGACUCCGCGAGGCCUACAUGGAGGUGAGCUGCGCCGUGGACGACAGCAUCGUGACGGACACGACGAGCCGCAACGCCCUGUACAAGGUGCACGUCAACCUGGGAAAGAUUGUCAAUGGACUCGAUGAGCAGCAGCAGCCAUCUAGUCUGCGUGCCGGUAGCUCCCGGAGCGGUUCUGUCGCCACGGACCGGCAGCCUACGGAGGAGAGGUCCGUGGUCAGCGGGAUUACCGAGCCCGACAUCACAGAGGUGGAAGAGGAGGAGGAGGAGGAAGAGGAGCAGACGACAAUGCUGCCUGGUAGCAGCGGCAAAAAUUCCAUGGUGGAUCAGGAUUUGUCGGAUGAAGACAUGACGGAGAUGUAA